CGUGAGGUGGUAGCGCGUGACGCUGUUUGGUUGUCAGGGCAACUUAAACACGCUAAGGGAAAACACAAGAUAGUUGAUUCGUAGUUAAUUCGCUGUGACUUAAAGCGUAGAAGUUACCUUGUUGUCCUCGUCCAUGUUUUCACUGUGGCUUACACUCUGACGUCUGUAGUUGUCUACAUAAAGCCGCGUUGUAUCUAGCUGCCAUGGCUGAUUUUGGAUUCAGUGAACAUCACCAGAAUGAGGUCAUAAACUACAUGCGCUUUGCUCGCUCCAAAAGACUCCUAAGACUCAAGACCAUUGACUCAUGCUUUCAGGAACUGAAAGACAGCAGACUGGUUGAAGAGACAUUUACAGUGGAUGAAGUGUCAGACAUGCUGGAUGGGCUGCAGGUGGUGGUUCAUGGAGAGGUGGAGAUGGAGCUCAUCAACACUGCCCACACAAAUGUGCUGCUUCUGCGCCAGCUUUUUUCCCAGGCUGAAAAGUUUUACCUAAAACUCCAGACUGAUAUCUCAGAGCUGGAGAACAGAGAAUUACUGGAACAAGUAGCAGCAUUUGAAAAGACUGAUUUUAAAUCCAACAGCAAGGUAAUUCAGGAAUCCAGCAAACCCAAGUUAGCCCCACUGAAUGAGGGAGGAGUGUCAGAACUACUCAACAAGGAAAUUUUUAGACUACAAGAAGAGAAUGAUAAACUGAGAGCUAGACUCCGAACAUUGGAAAGUCAGGCCAUGAGUGCCCUUGAUGAGAAGUGUGAGGCCGAGAAGGCCUUGAAUGAUCUUCAGAAAGUGCAAGGAGAUCAUCAGCAUGCCAUACAUACUCAGGAGAUCUCUAAACUGGAGGACACUGUGGCAGCCAUGCAGAUCGAUUUUGAUAAGACACUCAGUGCCAGAACUGCAUCACAGAUGGAGCUACAGGACAGCCUGGUGUCAGCCAAACAUGAAUUGCUUCGUGUUCAAGAUCAGCUCACCCUUGCUGAGAAGGACCUAGAUAAGAAGUUUCAACAGACUGCUGCAUAUCGGAACAUGAAAGAGAUUCUGAGUAAGAAGAAUGACCAGAUUAAGGAGCUCAGGAAAAGAUUACAAAGAUAUGAGUCUGAUGAGUGAAGGCCUGAAAUCAGUUUUGUCCUGAACACACUGAACAUGGUAAAAGACCAAAGAAUACUACAAAAGAAGAACAAAAAGGAAGAUAUGUAAUAGUCAUUGCUAAAUUUUUUCUUUAACAAGAUCUACUAAUUUAAAUAAAACAAUUGCUGUACUG